AAUACUUAAAUUUAUUUAGUUAAUUAACAUCACAACGUGACUAUUACAUAAUCAAUAAUAAAUUCAUUGUAAUUUUCUAACCGUUGAAAAUAUGAAAGAGGAAGAUAUUUAUCGAGAUACAUAUAUACGUUAUUUAGGCUAUGCUAAUGAAGUGGGUGAAUCAUUUCGUCCUUUAGUGCCACGCUCAGCAGUGCUAGCUACCUACGGAAUUUCAAUUGGCUAUGUAUUUGCCGACGCUUACGACAAAUGUAUGAAAGCACAAAAGUUAGGUGCUUCAUCUAAAACAGUAGCUAUCAGAACGGGUGAUGUAUUUAUAUGGCAAAUGUUGGCUUCCGUUGUAAUACCGGGUUAUACAAUCAAUAGAAUAACAUGGGCAAGUAAAGGUUUACUUAAAAGUGUCAAAGCUUCCAAACCUGCCAUUAAAAUAUUGCCCACUGUCUUGGGCUUAGCGUCUAUCCCACUUAUUAUUCAUCCAAUCGAUCAUAUGGUUGACUACAUCAUGGACAAUACCUAUAGAAAGUGGUUAGAUUAAGUUAAUUACUUAAGAUAAUUUUACAGUUGACUGGUGCUUCAAUAUG